UCUGACGCUGUUCAAUUCGUGGCAUUCGUCCUUUUGCAGGGAGUCAGCCAUUGUUAGUGCAUCGAAUAUUGUGUUGGUAAAAGGAAUCGAGCAACAUCCAAAAUGGUGAACUUCACUGUAGAUGAGAUCCGUGUUAUGAUGGACAAAAAGAGGAAUAUCCGGAAUAUGUCCGUGAUAGCUCAUGUUGAUCAUGGAAAGUCUACACUGACCGACUCCCUGGUGUCCAAGGCUGGAAUUAUUGCCAGCGCUAAAGCAGGAGAAACCCGCUUCACAGAUACGCGGAAGGAUGAGCAGGAACGCUGCAUCACUAUCAAGUCAACAGCCAUCUCCAUGUUCUUUGAACUGGAAGACAGGGAUCUGGUAUUCAUCACAAACCCUGACCAACGUGACAAGGGAGAAAAAGGGUUUUUGAUUAAUUUGAUUGAUUCUCCGGGGCAUGUGGACUUCUCCAGCGAGGUGACAGCUGCCCUCCGUGUGACUGAUGGAGCUCUUGUCGUCGUAGAUUGCGUAUCAGGUGUGUGCGUUCAGACAGAAACUGUGUUGCGUCAGGCUAUUGCUGAGCGAAUCAAGCCAGUGUUGUUCAUGAACAAGAUGGACCGUGCUCUGCUGGAACUGCAGCUGGAGUCCGAGGAACUGUACCAGACUUUCCAGCGUAUUGUUGAGAAUGUUAACGUGAUCAUUGCCACCUACAGUGAUGACUCUGGGCCCAUGGGAGAAGUGCGGGUGGACCCCAGCAAGGGUAGCGUCGGCUUUGGCUCUGGUCUCCAUGGCUGGGCUUUUACCCUCAAGCAGUUUGCUGAGAUGUACGCUGAGAAGUUCAAGAUUGAUGUCGUGAAGCUUAUGAAGAGGCUUUGGGGUGAGAACUUCUUCAACCCUAAGACCAAGAAGUGGUCAAAGCAGAAGGAAGAUGACAAUAAACGUUCAUUCUGCAUGUAUGUGUUGGAUCCGAUUUACAAGGUGUUCGACAGCAUCAUGAACUACAAGAAAGAGGAGGCUGCCAGUCUGCUGCAGAAGCUGAACAUUGAGCUGAAACCUGAGGAUAGAGACAAGGAUGGAAAGGCACUUCUCAAGGUUGUGAUGAGAACAUGGCUGCCAGCAGGAGAGGCCUUGCUUCAGAUGAUAGCUAUUCACUUACCGUCGCCUGUCGUGGCACAGAAGUACCGUAUGGAGAUGUUGUAUGAAGGGCCACUUGAUGAUGAAGCUGCUAUUGGUGUGAAGAACUGUGACCCCAAUGCACCACUUAUGAUGUACAUCUCUAAAAUGGUACCGACCUCAGACAAGGGACGAUUCUAUGCCUUUGGGCGUGUUUUCUCCGGAAAGGUUGCAACAGGAAUGAAGGCUCGUAUCAUGGGUCCAAAUUAUGUCCCAGGCAAGAAAGAGGACCUGUAUGAAAAGGCAAUCCAGCGGACUAUCCUGAUGAUGGGGCGUUACGUUGAGGCCAUAGAGGAUGUCCCUAGUGGUAACAUCUGUGGAUUGGUGGGUGUGGAUCAGUUUUUGGUCAAAACUGGUACCAUCACAACAUUCAAGGACGCUCACAAUAUGCGUGUAAUGAAGUUCAGCGUGUCUCCUGUCGUGCGAGUCGCUGUGGAACCCAAGAAUCCUGCUGACCUUCCAAAGCUGGUGGAAGGUCUAAAGCGUCUGGCCAAGUCUGAUCCUAUGGUGCAGUGUAUCAUCGAGGAGUCUGGGGAACACAUCAUUGCCGGCGCUGGUGAAUUGCACUUGGAGAUCUGUCUGAAGGAUUUGGAAGAAGACCAUGCAUGCAUUCCACUCAAAAAAUCUGAUCCAGUCGUAUCAUAUCGUGAGACAGUAUCAGAGGAGUCAGACCAGAUGUGUCUCUCCAAAUCUCCGAACAAACACAACCGACUUUUCAUGAAGGCACAGCCGAUGCCUGAUGGUCUAGCUGAGGAUAUUGACAGUGGAGAGGUGAAUCCACGUGAUGAGUUCAAGGCACGAGCUCGCUACUUGGGUGAGAAGUACGAGUAUGAUGUCACAGAAGCCCGUAAAAUCUGGGCUUUUGGGCCUGAUGGCACAGGUCCCAAUCUGCUCCUGGACUGCACAAAGGGAGUCCAGUACUUAAAUGAGAUCAAGGACUCAGUCGUGGCAGGAUUCCAGUGGGCCACCAAAGAGGGAGUACUGGCUGAGGAGAACAUGCGUGCUGUUCGGUUUAACAUUUAUGAUGUGACGUUGCACACGGACGCCAUCCAUAGAGGUGGUGGUCAGAUUAUUCCCACAACUCGACGCUGCUUGUAUGCUUGCGUCCUCACAGCCCAGCCUCGACUGAUGGAACCAGUAUACUUGUGUGAGAUUCAGUGUCCAGAAGUUGCCGUUGGUGGUAUAUAUGGUGUACUGAAUAGACGACGAGGGCACGUAUUUGAAGAAAUGCAGGUGGCUGGCACACCGAUGUUUGUAGUUAAAGCAUACCUGCCUGUGAAUGAGUCAUUCGGCUUCACAGCAGAUCUCCGCAGCAAUACGGGCGGACAGGCAUUCCCACAGUGUGUGUUUGAUCACUGGCAAGUUCUGCCUGGGGAUCCAUUGGAUUCUAGCACCAAACCCUAUGUUGUUGUACAGGAAACACGCAAGAGGAAGGGGCUGAAAGAAGGUCUACCGGAUCUUACUCAAUACUUGGACAAAUUAUAAAAGAUGUAUGAAGUUAGGCGAGGUGUACAAAGUAUUUAAUUAAUUACAAAAGAAACUGAUCAUAAUAACAUUUGGAGUUUAUUCACAUGACAGAACAGGAGAGGGGGGUGGAAACAUCAAUUUUGAAUGUGGUUUGAGAAGACACCACAGAUAUUUUGAUGUGUUAUGCUAUAUAAUGUAAGGUUGCUAUAUCGUAGCCUCCUUUAUUGUUUGAAGAUUUACACUACUGGUUUUAUUUGAAGAUUCGUUGAAUAUGUUUAACAUCUGUAAUAGGAGUUACACAGUAUAAGUUUAUAAAUGAUGUAUGAAGUUAGGUGAGGUGUACAGAGUAUUUAAUUAAUUACAAAAGAAGCAUCAUUAUAACAUUUGGAGUUUAUUCGCAUGACAACAGGAGUAAAAGGUGAAGGAGAAGGUGCAGAGAUUAGUUUUGAAUAUGAGUUGAGAAGACCACAAAUACAUUGACGUGUGUGAUACUAUGUAAUGUAAGGUUGCUAUGUUGUACGCAUUAUUGUUUGAAGUUCUACACCACUGGUUUUAUUUGAAAAUUUGUUAAGUAUGUUCUACAUCUGUAAAACGGCUACAGAAUAAAAGUAAAAAACACAGUU